AUGCUAUCGACGGUCGCAACUUUCUCCGAGCCUGUAAAGAUAUUCUUGGUAUUGCCAGAUAAUACUACCAGUUUAUUAACCCAUGAAUCUAUUGCAGAAACAUUGAUCUCUGCGAUACACCGCAGAGGGGCAGACAACUUGCACUCCUUGACGGCGGUUUCGAACAAUGCUGGUCUCGCCGGGAAGGGCGGGCUGUCUACCCUAACGCAAGCGGGACAGGUCAAUAGACUGAUACUUUCCUACCUGGGAAACAACAAAGCUCUGGAGAAGAAAUACUUGACGGGAAAUAUUGCCAUCGAACUGUGUCCGCAAGGCAGUCUGGCCGAGCGACUACGUGCUGGAGGAGCUGGGAUCCCCGCAUUUUAUACCCCCACGGGAGUUCACACUCUGCUUCAGAAGGGAGAGAUUCCGGUGCGUGUAGACGAAUCCGGGAAGGUGCUCGAGCGUGGCAAGCCCCGCGAGACAAGAGAGUUUAAUGGCAAAACUUAUAUGAUGGAGACUGCGCUCAAUGGGGAUGUGGCGAUUCUCAGAGCGUGGAAGGUAGACGCUGCAGGAAAUUGUGUUUUCCGUUACACUACGAAGGCGUUCGGCCCCAUCAUGGCGAAGGCAGCAGCCCUUACUAUUGUGGAAGCCGAGAACAUUGUUCCCGUUGGCUCAAUCGACCCUAACGAUGUUGAUCUACCGGGAAUCUUCGUUGAUAGAAUCGUCCCCGCAACCGAUGAAAAGCAUAUCGAAAUCAAGAAAUUGCGGUCUGACAAGGGUGACGAUGCAAACAAAAAGGCAGAGGACGCUGCGACUGUCCUACGGAACCGAAUCGCUAAGCGGGCUGCUCGGGAACUCAAGCAGGGUUACUAUGUUAACCUCGGAGUUGGUAUUCCCACACUUGCCCCCUCGUUUCUGCCCGAAGAUGUGAAGGUUUGGAUCCAAUCUGAGAACGGUAUCCUGGGCAUGGGCCCUUAUCCGACAGAAGAGGAAGUUGAUGCGGAUAUCAUCAAUGCCGGCAAAGAGACUGUCACACUGGUCCCAGGCGCUGCCACUUUUGAUAGCAGUGAGUCAUUUGGGAUGAUCCGCGGCGGACAUGUAGAUGUUUCAAUCUUGGGAGCUUUGCAGGUCAGCGCGAACGGCGACCUGGCGAACUACAUGAUUCCCGGUAAGGUGUUCAAGGGAAUGGGAGGAGCCAUGGACUUGAUCUCCAACCCCGAGAAGACCAAGAUUGUGGUUGCCACCAGCCACACCGCCAAGGAUGGAUCACCGAAGAUUGUGGACCAAUGCAGCCUUCCUUUGACUGGCGCCAACUGUGUCAGCACGAUUAUCACCGAACUGUGCGUCUUCCAGGUCGACCGGACCAAGGGUGAGCUUCUCUUGACGGAACUGGCUCCGGGUGUGGAGGUCGAGGAGAUUCAGGACAAGACUGGGGCGAAGUUUUCGGUUGCGGAAAACCUGGAGAUCAUGGAAUGA